UCCUCUCAGUUUUUCUGUUUGCUGCGCUUUAACUUCCUCAUUUGCCCGUAUUUCCUCUUUCGUUUGCUGAUGACAGCCUGACUGACUUCUCCGGGGCAAAGCUUCGAACUAUUCUGAACUUCUAAACCACAAAAAGACAAAAAGAAAAUAUGCGUUUGAUAAGUUAACAUGAAGGCUGUCUUUAUCCGGCAUCGACUGGUUUUCAGUUUGUGAGGCUGGCUUUGGAUUUGUCACGCCGGGCGGUGGAGCUUUUGCAGAACUGAGGAGAACGACAGAAAUGGUGUUCGUAGGCGUGACAGUGAUGUAUGUCUACAUGCAGUAGUAUACAAGCCGUGUGAGAGAGAGAGAGAGAGAGAGAGUGUGAUGUCGGGGGACACCAACACCCUGUCCUGGAGGAGCAUGUCUCCCACCAGCCAGUCAGAGUCCUCGGAUCGGUCUCCCACGACGAACCUGCUCAGAGAAAACGUCUUCCCCGUUAAGAUCAUGAAGGUGUGCUUCCUCAGUAACAGCUCCAACCUGGGGAAGAACUUCAAGCUGGUCCGCUGUGAGGAGGGCUGGACCGUCAGGGCUGUCAUCAACGUGGUUCUGUCCAGCGGCUGCGUGGGUCCAGACAUAACGUACAGUCUGUGUUACGGCCUCCUCCUCAAACACCUGAAGUCCUCAGAGGUGUACUGGCUCCACCCGAACCUGACCGUGUCUGAGCUCACACAGAGAUACGAGCAGCAGCACCUGGAGGCUGAGUGGAGGUACGAUUUAAGGAUCAGGUACAUCCCGACAGACUUCAUGGAGAAAUUCAAAGACGACAGAACCACCAUGCUCUACUUUUACCAGCAGGUACGAAGUGACUACAUGCAGCAGUAUGCCUCCAAAGUCAGUGACGGGAUGGCUCUGCAGCUCGGCUGUCUGGAAAUCAGGAGAUUCUACAAAGACAUGAAUCCAAACGGACUGGAGAAAAAGUCCAACUUUGAACUUUUAGAGAAGGAUGUGGGUCUGGAGCUGUUCUUCCCCAAAGAGCUGAUCAACAGCAUGAAGCCGAAGCAGCUACGCCGUCUGAUCCAGCAGACGUUUCAGGGGUACUCCACCCUGAAGCAGGACCAGUGCAUGUCCAGGUUCUUCACCACGCUGGCUCAGUGCUACAGCUACACACAGGAGAGCUUCGCCUGCCAGCUGGUGCACAGCUGGAGUCUGACCAUCGACCUCGUCAUCAGCCCUGAAGGCAUCAGUCAGCAAACGGAGAACUCCACCCCGGUCUGUCUGGCCUCCUUCUCUCAGGUCCAGAGCAUCUCGUCCUCUGCGGACAGCGACGGCAGAGCUCUGCUCACCGUGCACAUCGACGGAGCCAAACAGCCUCUGUCUGUGAGCACAUCCUCUCUGGCUAUGGCAGAAAACAUGGCCGACCUGAUCGACGGCUACUGUCGGCUGGAGGCGAACUCGGAGAACUCGCUCAUCAUCCGGCCCAGCAAAGGGCAAAACACAAGAAAUAAACUCCCUGAGAUCCCAAACAGUGGAGGCUCCAGAGCUCCUGUUAAAAGUUCCAAUUCAGAUAUUUAUGCAGAGAUUCCAGAGGGCUCAGCAGACUCAGGAGAGAAGCACAGACUCUCCAGAGACGACGUCGUUUUGGGUCGGAUCCUCGGCGAGGGAUUCUUCGGAGAGGUUCACCAAGGAGUUUAUAAAAGCCCCACAGGGGAGAGGAUCAGUGUGGCCAUCAAAACCUGUAAGGACUUCUCAGCUGACGUGAAGGAGAAGUUUCUGAGUGAAGCCGGCUUGAUGAAAAACCUGGACCAUCCCCACAUCGUCUGUCUGAUCGGGGUCAUCGAAGUCGAUCCGGUCUGGAUCGUAAUGGAGCUGUACGAACACGGAGAGCUGGGGAACUAUCUGGUGGAGCAGCAGUACAUCCUCACCACGUCAACGUUGAUCCUGUACUGCGUUCAAAUCUGCAAAGCUCUGGCGUACCUGGAGGGACUCAACAUGGUGCACAGAGACAUCGCGGUACGAAACGUCCUGGUGGCGUCUCCUGAAUGUGUGAAGCUUGGUGACUUCGGGCUGUCUCGCUACGUCGAUGAACAAGAGUAUUAUAAAGCUUCAGUUAGCCGAUUACCGAUCAAAUGGAUGGCACCCGAGUCCAUCAACUUCAGACGCUUCACCACCGCCAGUGACGUCUGGAUGUUCGGUGUGUGCGUGUGGGAGAUCUUCUCGAUGGCCCAGCAGCCGUUCUUCUGGCUGGAGAACGGUCAGGUGAUCAUCCAGCUGGAGUCCGGUAUUCGACUCCCCAAACCCCAGCACUGCCCGCCCACCGUCUACUCGCUGCUUUCCAGCUGCUGGGCGUACCAGCCGGCCUCCAGACCCAGCUUCAGCCGGCUGGUAUGCUCUCUCAGUGACAUCCACAGGACGGAGCUGGGGCAAGAGACGGAUGGGAGGCGAGACAGACCACGCUCCACCCAACCAGGGUUUGACCCAAACCACACAGAGCCUCCACCCAAGCCGUCCAGGCUACAAGGGAACACUCUUCCUCGGGUCACAAACAUCCAGAGGAAAAAGCAGGACAACAGGCCGGCGUGGGAGAGAGAGAGGGAGCAUGUGGAGGACACGCUGCAGAGACAGAGACGAGAGAUGCUCGUGGACAACCAGUGGUUAGAGCAGGAGGAGAGACAACUGGAUCCCGCCGUGCGAGCAGACACAAACAUCCAGCCUCCUGAGAAGAGUCCAGAGAACGGUCCUCCAGAGAAGCCUCCUGAGCCUCCUGCUGCGACACAGCCUCGGCCCACAGCUGAGCUGGACCGCUCAGGUGAUCAGGUGUACACCGGCGUCAUGUCGAUGGUCAAACAGGUGGUGCAGCUGAAGAAUGACGUCAACGCGCUGCCGGCUUCAGAGUAUCCGAACGCGGUCAAAGCGGUGGGUAUCAUUCUGCGGACUCUGAUUCAGAGUGUGGAUGAGAUCCUGCCCUCCCUGCACUGCUCUGUCACCACAGAGAUUGAAGGCACGAAGAAGCUCCUGAACAAAGACCUGGGCGAGCUCAUCAACAAGAUGCGCCUGGCGCAGCAGAACUACGUCACGUCUCUGAAGGAGGAGUGUCAGCGCCAGAUGUUGGCGGCCGCUCACACGCUCGCGCUCGACUCCAAGAACCUGCUGGAUGCGGUCGACCAGGCUCGGGUCCGCGCCAACCUCGCCAAGCCCAGACCCGAGGCCCAGACUGCAGAGGAUUCGGAGUAAUGUGGAGAGGACAAAGGAUCCUGCAUGUUGGAAAAGACUGAUUUAAUGACGAGGACAUGAAGGGAGGGCUGAGGGUGGACACGUCCUCAACCUGCUGCAAGAAAAGACGUUGAAAUAUUUUCAUUUAUUCUCCUCCAGCAAAAUAAACAUUAACGUGAUGAAACAACAAAUCAAACUCACACCACACAACAAACUUUAUACUGUCUUCUCUUUUUGUAUUCUGUGAAGUGUUUUUAUCAUUAAACAGAGAGACAUGCUGCA